CUGCAGCAAAGCCAGCUCUGAACAACUACCGCGAUGUCGACCUCCGCCUCUGCACUGCACCCGUCGUCGGCCACGAUCGUGACCGAGCGCGCGCCGGAGACAGACGAGGACAAGGACGCGCUGUGGAGCUCGACGCUGGCGUGCCGCGUGUCUGAUCCGCAGAAGGAGCUCGAGGGCACGCAGAACGCAUAUAUAACCUAUCUGGUCACCACCGUCUCGGACUUUCCGCAGUUCCAGGCGCCUGAGUUUAGAGUCCGGCGGAGGUUUUCUGAUUUUGUGUAUUUGUAUAAUGUCAUUGCGCGCGACUAUCCUGCGUGCGCGGUGCCGCCGCUGCCAGACAAGCAGCGCAUGGAGUACAUCACCGGCGACAGGUUUGGCGGUGAGUUCACCUCUCGACGAGCGAACUCGCUCGGCCGGUUCCUGGAACGGAUCUCGAACCACCCGAUCCUGCGCACGGCCGCAGUCCUAGCCGUCUUUCUCGAAUCCUACGAAUGGAACGCGUACAUGCGCGCGCACCCGGUCAAGGCCGCGACGGUGGGCGAGUCGUCGGGUGUGUUUGACGGGUUCAGCGAUGCGCUCGUGAACGCGUUUGCAAAGAUUCCCAAGGGCAAGGACGACUUUGUCCCCGCCAAGGAGCGCGCAGACAAGCUCGCCGACGACGUGACGCACACGGAGAAAGUCAUGAGCCGGCUGGCGAAGCACGAGCUCGAGUGGGAGCAGGACACGCGCGAGUUUGCGAGCCAGUUUGCGAAGCUGUCGCCGCUGGAGCCGGACAUGCAGCAGGCGUUCAAGGCGUUUGCGGGUAAGCUCGAUGCGAGUGCGGAAGCGAUCCACGCGCUGCGCGAGAACCUCGAUCUUAACUACGUUGUCUCGCUCCGGGAUAUGGAGAACUACGACGGGGCGCUGAAGCAAUUGCUCAAGCAGCGCGAGCAGAAACAGCUCGACUACGAAGGUCUGCUGGACUACCUCAACAAGGCCACCGUCGAGCGCAACGUUCUCGCGUCCGGCGGCGGCAACGGGUUUUUACGAUCAAAGGUCGAAGAUCUCCGGGGUGUGGACCACCACGUAGCGCGGAUAGAGCGGCUACGGAAGCUCGACACGCGACUCGAGGAACUAACCAAGGAGGCCGAGGAAGCGCACGAGAUCUCGCUCUCGUUCGACAAAGAGGUUACGAGAGAUCUGCGGGACUUUGAGCGCAUCAAAUCGUUUGAGAUGAAGGACACGAUGGGCAGUAUGGCGGACGCACACAUUGAGUUCUUCCGCACGAUACUGGAGGAGUGGGAGAAGGCGAUUCCGGAGUUGGAGGGCUGACGGUCUUCUGGUGGUUUGCUUCUGUUUACAUGUAAUCUUUAAUAAAUUGGUCAAGGACA